ACCAGUGAUUGAAGAUGAGAGACUUUCAAGUUUCAGUUUUGCUUUUUCUUUUCCCACAAUUUCUCACCAACCAAACAGAACAUGUAAGAGUUUUUCUUUCACUCAUUCACGGCAUAGUGUUUACUGUUUCGUUCGUUAGAACCACAUUUGGAUAAUAAUCUUUUGUGGGUUUUUCUUUAUUUUGGUAUAUGGGAUAGCUGAAACCUGAAGCAAGUGAAGAUAAGCUUCAAAAUUUAAUGGGUUUGGGGAUUUUAAUGUGAUUAUCUAUUAUUAGCUGUGUUUUUGGAAUGAGUCCUGCUUUACUUCCUAAACAUGUCGCCGCAGUCAUCAAAUAUCAAAAAGAUCCGUUUAAAGCGCUUGCAAUGUUCAAUUCAGUGAAAAAGGAAAAUGGGUUCAAGCACACAUUGUUAACUUAUAAAUGCAUGAUUGAGAAGCUUGGGUUUCACGGGGAGUUUGAGGCAAUGGAGAGUGUGAUCUUGGAGAUGAGGAUGAAUAUCGAUAAUAGUUUGCUAGAAGGUGUCUAUAUUGGAGCCAUGAGGAAUUAUGGAAGGAAAGGGAAGGUUCAAGAGGCCGUGGAUGUGUUUGAGAGGAUGGAUUUUUAUGAUUGUGAGCCUUUGGUUCAAUCUUAUAACGCAAUCAUGAAUAUACUGGUUGAACAUGGGUAUUUUAAUCAAGCCCACAAAGUGUAUCUGAGGAUGAGAGAUAUAGGGAUUGUUCCAGAUGUGUAUUCUUUCACCAGUAGGAUAAAGUCCUUUUGUAGAACAAGUAGGCCUCAUGCUGCACUGAGGCUUCUUAAUAACAUGGAUUACCAGGGAUUUGAGUUAAAUGCGGUUGCAUAUUGUACGGUGAUUGGUGGGUUUUAUGAAGAGAAUUUUCAAGUUGAGGCAUAUGAAUUGUUUGAAGGGAUGCUCAGGCAUGGUAUUUGUCCUGAUGUUACCACAUUUAAUAAGCUUAUACAUACGCUUUGUAAGAAGGGGGAUGUCCAAGAAAGUGCAAAACUUCUCAACAAGGUACUAAAGAGGGGAGUUAUGCCGAAUUUGUUUACAUUCAAUAUCUUCAUCCAGGGGCUUUGCAAAAAAGGUGCGCUUAAUGAGGCUGUUCAAGCAUUGGAUGGUGUGAAGAGUGGUGGUCUGACUCCUGAUGUUGUCACAUAUAACACGUUGAUUUGCGGCUUGUGUAAAAACCUUAAGGUUGUGGAAGCUGAGCGCUAUUUGCAUAAAAUGGUGAAUGAAGGGCUGCAGCCUGAUGGCUUUACCUACAACAGUAUUAUUGAUGGAUAUUGCAAACUGGGUAUGAUCCAAAAUGCAGAUAACAUUAUUAAUGAUGCAAUUUUCAAGGGGUUUGUGCCCGAUGAAUUUACUUAUUGCUCAUUCAUCAAUGGAUUAUGCCAUGAUGGUGACAUAGACCGUGCCAUGGCUGUAUUUAAUGAGGCAUUGGGGAAAGGAUUAAAACCUAGUAUUGUUCUCUACAAUACUUUAGUCAAAGGGUUGUCUAAGCAGGGAUUAAUUUUGCAGGCCUUGCAGCUGAUCAAUGAGAUGUCAGAAAAUGGUUGCAGCCCCAAUAUAUGGACUUACAACUUAGUUAUAAAUGGGUUGUGCAAGAUGGGGUGUGUCUCAGACGCCAGUAAUCUCAUGAAGGAUGCUAUUUCCAAAGGCUACCUUCCUGACAUAUUUACCUUUAAUACUUUGAUUGAUGGUUACUGUAAACAGUUGAAGUUGGAUAACGCACUUGAGAUAGUAGAUAUGAUGUGGAGUCAGGGUGUCACUCCUGAUGUGAUCACUUAUAAUACAGUGUUGAAUGGGCUUUGCAAGGCUGCAAAGUCUGAAGAUGUUAUGGACACCUACAAUGGGAUGAUGGAGAAAGGGUGUGUCCCUAACAUUAUUACAUAUAACAUAGUCGUAGAAAGCCUGUGCAAAGCUCGAAAAGUAAAUGAAGCAUUGAACUUACUUGAGGAAAUAAAAAACAAGGGUUUGACUCCAGAUGUUGUUAGUUUUGCCACAUUGAUUGAUGGAUUUUGUUCUAGUGGUGAUCUGGAUGGAGCUUACCAGCUAUUUAGAAAAAUGGAACAACAAUAUGAGGUUUCCCACACAACAGCGACAUACAAUAUCAUGAUCAAUGCUUUUGCAGAAAAGCUAAAUAUUAAUAUGGCAGGAAAGCUUUUUCGUGAGAUGGGUGACAAAGGCUUUGCCCCAGACAGUUACACGUACCGUGUCAUUACUGAUGGUUUCUGCAAAACGGGGGACGUUGAUUCCGGGUACAUUUUUCUCAAGGAAAUGAUUGAGAAGGGGUUCAUUCCAUCGCUGGCGACGUUUGGACGGGUACUGAAUUGUCUGUGUGUGGAGCAUAGAGUUCAUGAGGCAGUUGGUAUCAUCCACCUCAUGGUGCGCAAAGGCAUUGUCCCUGAGGCUGUGAAUGCAAUUUUUGAGGCUGAUAAAAAGGAGGUAGCAGCGCCAAAGAUUGUUGUAGAAGAUUUAUUGAAGAAAUGUCAAAUAACUUAUUAUGCUUAUGAAGUUCUAUAUGAUGGCAUUAGGGAUAGAAAAUUACUAAAGAAAAAGCUUCCAACCAAGUCUUCUCAAAAGCGGAAAAUGAGGUUUUUAAAAGUUGAUGGACCAGUAUCCUGAUUUCAAAAGUGGAAAUUAUAGCUCUUGAAUCAUGAUCUGUUGCUAAUUCCACAAUCUCAGAAGCCUCAAGUGGAAAGCUCUUUAGACAGUGCGCUCUAGUCACAUCUGAAGAGAAGUACUACAGCACACUAGGUCUUAUAUCCAGAAUAUGUUGGAAGCAUGCCUCAGACUAGCAGCAUCAAGUGGUAUCCUUCUAAUGGACAUGGAGCAUGAAAAUGUUACCAUCUCUGGAUCGCAAUGAUUAUUAAAGCCAAACCAGCAAAGACAAUAAUACAAACUUGUAGUGUGUUGUUUCUUGAGGGUGAUUCAUUUUUGGUCAUUUACCCUCCAUAGGACUUGACUGGCUCUAAAUGCGGUACCUUAUAAUCUCACCGGUGGGCUUGUUUCCUCCCUUUCUAACUUGAGCAGACAUAGAGGAUUCCUCCAGUUAUACUUCCUUUUUGUCUUUAUUUUUUGAAGGUUGGAUUGGUUUAGCAAAAAUGAAAAGAUGCCAGAAAACAA